AUGAGUAACACACAUCCAGAAAAACCGCCCUCUGACGGUGGUAGUAAUAGCGAUACAUUGUCAACGAAUUUUCAAGAUAAAGAGAUUACUGAAAUUGAAUCAUUCAACCAAGAAGCUGCAAACAAUGACACUGCAGCAUACAAUUACAAGGAUGAUUCAAAUAAUCCAAUGAAUUGGCCCAAAGGCAAGAAAACAAUCCUGUUGCUUGUAGUGUCAAUGAAUUCAUUCAUGGGGUACUUUUCCUCUGCAGUCUAUAUGCCUGCCACACAUGAUAUCAUGGUGUAUUUUGGCACAAAUCUCACUUUGAUCAACGCUACGAUUGCCUUGUUUCUGUUAAUGAAUGCUCUGGCUCCUCUCUUUUGGGCUCCUCUAAGCGAACGCAUUGGCAGACGAUGGAUCUACAUUGUCGCUAUUGGUCUCUACACUGUGUGCACCAUCAUUUGUGGCAUUUCCACUAAUCUGGGCCUCUUUUUUGCUUUCCGUCUACUGCAAGGUAUAUUCGCAUGUGCUGGACAAGCUGUGGGCGGUGGCAGUGUGUCUGAUAUCUUUGAACCUCAUGAACGUGGAAAAGCAAUGUCGAUUUACAUUUUAGGUACUAUUUUAGGACCUGCUGUGGCUCCUAUUGUAGGUGGUUACAUUGAUCAGUACCUGGGCUGGCGUUGGAUCUUUUACAUCAAGACAAUCAUGGGCGGUGUCUUGAUCGUUCUCAAUUUCAUCUUUCUCAAGGAAACUCUGUAUAUUCCCAAUUCAAAGAAAUUGGCGCCUCCAGCCAAUUUUAAGGAACGUUUGGAAAGACUCAAGUUCAAUCCAUUUGGUAGUCUGGAAUUGCUGCUAAAAAAGGAGGUUGCAUUGGUAUGUUUGCCUAUCAGUAUUGCGUUUGGUUGGUUCUACUUUCUGGUUACCAUCUUGCCUCAAACAUUUGGCUCUGUAUAUCAUUUCCCCACUGGUUCCAUUGGCCUCUGCUAUUUAGCAGGUGGUCUUGGUAACACUUCUGGGUCUAUCUUUGCUGGCGCCAUUUCUGAUAAGCUCUACCACAAAGCAAUUGCAAAGAACAACGGUGAGGCAGUCAAAGAAUUCCGCUUGAGACCUAUUUACAUUGGCGUGCCAUUGAUUGCUCUUGGUGCUGUCAUGUAUGGAUGGUUUUUGCAUGUCCCGACUCAUUUUAUGGGACCAUUAGCAUCCUAUACAACUGCUACAUUCGGCAUCAUGUUCACAAUCACAGUAGCAAACACAUAUCUUGUCGAUUCCAAUCAUACCAAGGCCGCCUCAGUUGUAUCCGUCAACAAUUUCACUAGAAACAUUUGCGGCAUGAUCUUUUCAUUGACGGCGGUGCAGAUCAGAACAUCUUUGGGCGAUGGCUGGGCCUACACUCUAAUGGCAAUUAUGUGUGUUGUCGCCUAUCUCGUUUGCAUUCCCACUGUGCAGAGAUUCGGUCAAACAUGGCGCGAAUCAUCCACAAGGUAA